AUCCGGAAAUUCCAAGUAGAAUGGGAACAAUUAACAAUGUAAAAAAUUUUGAUGCAAAUUUCUUCGGAUUAUCUUUCGAGCAAACACACACACUCUCGCCCGAAGCGAGAAUGUUACUGGAACAUUCUUAUGAAGCAAUAAUCGACGCAGGAAUCAAUCCAAAGCAAUUACGAGGAAAAGAUACUGCUGUAAUUAUGGCAACAUCUUAUACUGAAUUACAAAAAUCCUCUUUAUAUAAUACCACUCAGUUAGGAGGUCACAAUAUUAUUGGAUGUAGCAAAUCUACACUCGCAAACAUGAUUUCAUAUCAUUUUGAUCUGAAAGGACCAUCAUAUGUUGUCGAUUCAGCAUGCAGUUCUAGCCUUUAUGCCUUGGCCAGGCCUUACCCUUUAAAUCGCGUUAAGGAACAAUGUCCUGCGAUUCCGGGAAGCCGAGAUAUUGGCGUUUUGUCAUUCAACGGUUAUUGCAGACCUUUUGAUAUUGCUGCAAAUGGUUAUGUGCGUAGCGAAACAGUAUCAGUAAUAUAUCUUCAAAAGGUGAAGAAUGCGAAGAGGAUUUAUGCAAUAUGUCCGCAUAUUAAAUUAAACUGUGAUGGUUAUAAAGAAGAAGGAAUAACAUACCCAUCGUCGUUUAUGCAAAGUACUUUACUAACAGAAUUUUAUAAUGAAUGCGGAAUACCGACAUCUUGUUUGGAUUACAUAGAGGCACAUGGCACCGGUACCAAAGCUGGCGAUCCCCCAGAAAUUAGUGCUAUCUCUAAUGUAUUGUGUAAUAAUAGAGAAACUCCAUUAAUGAUCGGCUCUAUAAAAUCCAAUCUUGGUCAUGCUGAACCUGCUAGCGGUUUCACUCAAAUCGCUAAGGUAAAACAAUUGAGUUUGCUUAGCACGUCAGAAUUUUGA